AUGCCCUCAUAUGCUAAAUUCCUAAAAGAAAUUUUGUCAAACAAGAGGAUUUUAGAAGAUUAUGAAACUGUGGCAUUAACAGAGGAGUGUAGUGCUCUCUUACAGAAUAAACUUCCACCAAAAUUGAAGGAUCCAGGAAGUUUCUCUAUUCCUUGUCACAUUGGGGACACUAGUAUUGAAAAGGCAUUGUGUGAUCUUGGAGCUAGUGUAAGUUUGAUGCCACUCUCCAUUUGUGAAAAGCUGAAGGUAGGAGAUUUGAAGCCCACCACCAUUUCAUUGCAACUAGCUGAUAGAUCUAUCAAAUAUCCAAUGGGAAUUUUGGAGAAUAUAGAAGAGGAUGUAAGAACACCCAUCAUACUUGGAAGACCAUUUUUGGCUAUUACAGGAGCUAAUAUAGAUGUAAAGAAUGGGAAAUUAAGGUUGAAAGUGGGAGAAGAGGAAAUAGAAUUCAAUUUAUUCCAAGAUUGCAAGAAAUCGAUUGUGGUAAAUUCUUGUUAUAAGGUGGAUGUUAUAGAAAAUGAUACUGGAAUGGAAGAUAUUAAGUUGGAGGGAAGUCAAAUUACUCUUCAUUCUCAGUGUAAUCAGCAUACAGUGUGA